AUGGAACUGGUUUCUGGAUCUGUCAGUGUGUGGGUUUCAACAGACCAUGAAGAAAUUGAGAAUGUGGCCAAGCAAUUUGGUGCACAAGUUCAUCGUAGAAGUUCUGAAGUUUCAAAAGACAGCUCUACCUCUCUAGAUGCCAUCAUAGAAUUUCUUAAUUAUCACAAUGAGGUUGAUAUUAUAGGAAAUAUUCAAGCGACUUCUCCAUGUUUGCAUCCUACUGACCUUCAAAAAGUUGCAGACAUGAUCCGAGAAGAAGGAUAUGAUUCUGUGUUCUCUGUUGUGAGACGCCAUCAGUUUCGAUGGAGUGAGAUUCAGAAAGGAGUUCGUGAGGUAACUGAACCCCUGAAUUUGAAUCCCGCUAAGCGACCUCGACGGCAAGAUUGGGAUGGCGAAUUGUAUGAAAAUGGAUCGUUUUAUUUCGCUAAAAGACAUUUGAUAGAGAUGGGUUACCUGCAGGGUGGAAAAAUGGCCUACUAUGAAAUGCGAGCUGAGCACAGUGUGGAUAUAGAUGUGGAUAUUGACUGGCCUAUUGCAGAACAAAGAGUAUUAAGAUAUGGCUAUUUUGGCAAAGAGAAGCUUAAGGAGAUAAAACUUUUGGUUUGCAAUAUUGAUGGAUGCCUCACCAAUGGCCACAUUUAUGUAUCAGGAGACCAGAAAGAAAUAAUAUCUUAUGAUAUAAAAGAUGCUAUUGGGAUAAAUCUGUUAAAGAAAAGUGGUAUUGAGGUGAGGUUGAUCUCAGAAAGAGCCUGUUCAAAGCCAACUCUCGCUGCCUUAAAACUGGAUUGUAAAAUGGAAGUCAACGUAUCAGACAAGCUAGCAAUUAUAGAUGAAUGGAGAAAAGAAAUGGGACUGUGCUGGAAAGAAGUGGCCUAUCUUGGGAAUGAAGUAUCCGAUGAAGAGUGCUUGAAGAAAGUGGGCCUAAGUGGAGUUCCUGCUGACGCCUGCUCCACUGCCCAAAAGGCUGUUGGGUACAUUUGCAAAUGCAAUGGUGGCCGUGGUGCCAUUCGAGAGUUUGCAGAACACAUUUUCCUACUAAUGGAAAAAGUUAAUAAUUCAUGCCAAAAAUAGAAAUUAGUAUAAUGUUGAAAAAGAAGGUGUACAGUCUUUGUCAGCCACUCUGCUUUUAUUGUUGAUUAAGUAAAUUUCCAUGUUGCCAUGUUUGGAUGUGACUUGAUUUGUGAUACACCUUAAUAACUUCUAAAGAAAGCCUUCUCAAGUUGCCAUUCCCAAAUCUGUGAAAUAAUUGUGCUCUCCUUUUCCCUUUACACAAUUGUUUAGAGAUUGACUGCAGUCUCAGAUUUUUAAUGAAUGCAAAUAAGACAUCAUCAACCUUGAAUUUGUAUUGUAUCCUGUGAAACUGUGUAUGUGUGUGUGUGCUUUCAAUGAUCCUGGGACUUUAUUUGAUGAUAGUCUGGUAAGACACUAUCAAUUAAUAAAAUUACAUUUCUCAAA